GCAGUUCUGUGAUACCUUGUGAACCUUAGUACAGAAGCACACCAAACACUUCACUGUUUGAGCAAUUACUAUAUUGCGUAAAAACUGAAAACUGAAAAAUGCGAUGCUUCCGCGUUUUAAGCAUUGCUGUCGUUUGUAUAACUUGUGUUUAUCGAGCACACACGGAGAAAAUGUGCUCAAAGAUUGAUGAUGUGCCACAACUAAGGAAAAACCAGCGACUUCCUGGUAAGAAAUUAUUUUCAACAAUGACCGAUGGAGUCAUGUUAUGUGCACGUUUAUGCCUUGGAGCUCUCCUGUGUGGUUCGUUCAACUUCAACAUCAGAACUGGUGUUUGUGAACUCAAUGACGUCACUCUUGGAACGGAAGUAACGGAAGUAAUCCACGCACCAGAUUAUGUUUUUUCCGAAGUCAACUCCUGGCCAAAGAGACUUGCCGGAGUGUGUGUAAGCCACUCGUGCUUAGAGUCCCAGUACUGUCAACCAAACAACGACAGUGACUAUUCCUGCAAGCCUUUGGUGGUUACAUCGUGCUCCGAUGUGCAACAGUGUCAACCCGCGAGUCCAGAUGGCGAGUACUGGCUCCAUGUGGGGAGCCAUCCCUUCAACCAGACCCGGAUAUACUGUCACGACAUGAAUACAGAGAAUCCUCGGGAGUAUGUAACACUUAUAAAUGAAAACUAUGGCUUCUACCCGGGAGUUAGCUCUCUGGGGUGUGGCGUUGAAAAACCUAAACCAGAGUUGGAGAAUGAUCAGUGGUUUCAAAAGAUUGGAUUUGAUGUCAAGCACAUGACUGUAGUGAAGAACGACUACACAUUCGCCAACUGGACAAACAAGGCAAAGCCAUACGGCAGGGCUGCUGACUGCUAUACCGGUCACGGAAACAGUGUGGCAGUGUGUGGAACUAAAGGACGAUUCAAGAUUGACUUGAGGGGAACUGGAUUGGCUGUCGUGCCAGAGCAAACUUGGAGGAAAUAUGGUUAUCAGGCUAUAAUCGAGUCCAUUUCUCGUAACCAAGAAGGAACCGUCAUCGAGUUGAGAUGUGGCGGGUAUUGUGGCUAUUGUGAUCCCGUAGGUUCUCUGACGUUACAAGUAAAUUCAAAUGAGGACUUACCGUCGAUUUCUGCAACAACUGUGACGUGUGGUUAACUCUUUAAGUAGCUGUGGACCGU